GAAGGCGAUCCGAGGAGGAGGAGGAGAGAGCAGCCUCCCGCAGCUGGCGAGGAGAAUGGGAGUGCGGGACGACCGCCCGCCGCGGGGUGUCACGGCCGCGGCCGAGCUUGCCAGGCGCGGGGCCGGCACCCGCCGCGUUUAAACCCGGGAGGGCGCGGCGGCGGCGGCGGGCGGAUCGCGGCGCGCGCGGGGCGCCGGGCGGCGGCCGAAUGGAGAGGAAAGGCUCGGCGGCCGGGGCCAAGGGGAACCCGAGCCCGCCCGCGGCCGGCGAGGCGCAGCGGCCACAGCUGCCGCUGUGCGUCCCGGGCGGAGGCGGCGGCGGAGGGACCCCAGCGCGCGGCCAGGCUGGGGCGGCGGCUGAGCCCGCCGAGUUCAUCCGGCGCGCGCAUGAGUUCAAGAGCCAAGGGGCGCAGUGCUACAAGGAUAAGAAAUUCCGCGAAGCCAUCGGCAAAUACCACAGGGCGUUGCUGGAGCUGAAGGGGCUGCUGCCGGCCGCCGGGGAACGGGAGCGGGACUCGCGCGCGGCCUCCCCCGCCGGGGCCCCCAACCCCGGCGGCCUCUCGGAGGAGCAGAGCAAGACGGUGGAAGCCAUCGAGAUCGACUGCUACAACAGCCUGGCAGCCUGCCUGCUCCAGGCCGAGCUGGUGAACUAUGAGCGCGUCAAGGAGUACUGCCUCAAAGUCCUGAAGAAAGAAGGGGAGAAUUUCAAGGCCCUUUACCGGUCCGGCGUGGCCUUCUACCACCUUGGGGACUACGACAAAGCACUCUACUACCUGAAAGAAGCAAGGACCCGACAGCCAACAGACACCAACGUGAUUCGAUAUAUCCAGCUGACGGAGAUGAAGCUCAGCAGAUGCUCCCAGAGAGAGAAGGAAGCUAUGUAACCCGAACACCUUUCUAGAGCUGAGCCGGACCCGGGAUGUCCAGGCACCCCCUGGUGGAGAGCCCCUCCCUGCGUUCUCUUCCUUCCUCCCACGUCCUCCUCCUAUUGCCUCUCAACUCUCUGUCGACUCCUGGUGUGAAAAGAAGGAGACGUGCAGACCUGGAAUCUGGUCGGUUGCCCUGACAAAGGAGACAUCCUUUUUCAGUAGGGCAGCUGCUGAGAGAUACCUAACUUCAGCGGGAACAGCUGGAGAGGACUGUCACAGGUUGGUAAUGCCACUGCAGCUUCGACUUGGGCCAGUGCUUCUGACAGAGGCAGAGCCUGGCAGGUGUACCAUCCCAAAGGCGUCAGGCACGGAGCCCACGGGCUGGACCCCUCCACAGCUUCCUGACGACUGGAGCAUCUCAAGGCAACUGUGACAAAUCCAGGGAUGAGACAGACACCAGAAGCGUUGGCUAAGCCAACAGAGGCCGAGAAUUUGUACACUGGAUUUCUGCGAACACACACCCACUCCCCACCCCCAAGAAGCUCAGCCCCUGCCUCCCUCCCUUACUUGUUGUCUUGGUUUGUGCUUUCUCCUCUCCUCCUUGGGGAUCUGAGACUCUGCCAGGAUUCACAUGCCAUUGAAGCCCACUCUCAGUGCCCUCUGGUGACCACACAUACCAUUCUCCCAGACUCCCACCCAGCAGGCAGCUGUGACAGCCGAAGGGUAGGGUAUAGUGGGCCAAGGGCUGACCACGUAGGGAUGAGGGGAGGGAGAGAUGACACCUAGGGCAAAGAGCAUUGUAUAGACUGGGAGAAUGAACUGUGGACGAAUUAAGUGUAAAUAAAAAUAAAUUAACAGGCAGCAGUUCCUGUCAUUUCUGUUGGAAGCAGCCCACUCCCUCACUUUUACUCCCUCCCCCAAGCCUCAAUAAGAGCUGCUUACAGCCAGGCAGGAUGGGGCUUCCCCCAAAGCAAUGGGCCCUUUUCCAGUGGUGUACAAUGCUGGCUGCACCUUUGUGCUUUUAGAGGAGGCUGGGAUUAUGGAGAGUGCCCAGGCACUUGGCUAUGUGGGAACUUGUAGCCUCUUAUUUGAUGAAAUUAUCUGGACUCAAUAUCUAGCACAUAGAAUGUGUUCAACAAAUAUUUGUUGAAUGACUAAAUGGUGACUGCAGACUGGCUCUCCUGCCUUAAACUAAUUUCAUCCCAGCCUAGUCUCCUGAUACCUAUGCUCUUUUUGCGAUGCCAUGUUGCUUCAGUCAAAUGAGAAAUAUUUACUGAGGGCUUCUUGUUUGCUUGUCAUUGUGCAAUAUGCCCUGGGACAUAGGAUGUCGUCCCAGUCUUCAAGGUGUUGGAAGAGUUGAGAAAUAGUCGUAGGAGAUUAUUACCAAUGACACCUUUAAUUUAUACGAUGCUUUAAAAUUUUCAAAGCACUUUCAUGUAUUUUUUGUGAUCAGUGAGACAAUAUUGUACAAAUUAAAGUAUAUACAAUGCAAUAAUGUUAAUACUGAGCAUUUAUUAAAUGCACUCUCCUCAGA